GAGCCGGCAGCCCCUCAAUAAGCCACAUUGUUGCACCAAACUCCAGCGCAGGAGUCCCGGGCCGCCGCUAGCAACGCUGUGUCACCCAGCUAAGAAGAUCUGCCGGCGGAGCAUCGCCGUGGGCGCUCCAGAGGUCCGAUCGCCCUAGCGGAGCCAGGCUGCGAUUCCUCUCAAGUUGAGCCCUGGUGAUCCCGUGGCUGAAGUUAGCGUCCUGACGUGGGACAGCCGGACACGUCGCCGGGAGUGAUACUCAGGCGCCGUCUAGCAGUUGUGACUCCAAAAACCUGACUCGAGAUCCGAGACCCUCUCCAGCCGGGCGCGCCGUCGCCGUUCGCCUUCUUUGUGUGCCGCCCGGACUCUCCGCUCCCGGCCCGGCCGCCAAGCGCCCCAAGCGCCGAUACAGAGCGGUCGCACGGUGCCGUCGGCUUCCCCCGCACGCACUCUAGCCUCGGUUUCCCAACUCGGCGCCGUCGGGCCGCGACAAGAUGAUCGCCUCGCAUCUGCUCGCCUACUUCUUCACGGAGCUCAACCAUGACCAAGUGCAGAAGGUUGACCAGUAUCUCUACCACAUGCGUCUCUCUGAUGAGACUCUCCUGGAGAUCUCCAAGCGGUUCCGCAGGGAGAUGGAGAAAGGGCUUGGAGCCACCACCCACCCCACUGCGUCAGUGAAAAUGCUGCCCACCUUUGUGAGGUCUACUCCAGACGGGACAGAACAUGGAGAGUUUCUGGCUCUGGACCUUGGAGGGACCAACUUCCGUGUGCUUUGGGUGAAAGUGACAGACAAUGGGCUCCAGAAGGUGGAGAUAGAGAGCCAGAUCUACGCCAUUCCUGAGGACGUCAUGCGGGGCAGCGGCACCCAGCUGUUUGACCACAUUGCCGAAUGCCUGGCUAACUUCAUGGAGAAGCUGCAGAUCAAAGAGAAGAAGCUCCCGUUGGGUUUCACCUUCUCAUUCCCCUGCCACCAGACUAAACUAGACGAGAGUUUCCUGGUUUCCUGGACGAAGGGGUUCAAGUCCAGUGGAGUGGAAGGCAGAGACAUCGUGGCGCUGAUCCGCAAGGCCAUUCAGCGGAGAGGGGACUUCGAUAUUGACGUUGUGGCCGUGGUGAACGACACUGUUGGGACCAUGAUGACCUGUGGUUAUGACGACCACAACUGUGAAAUCGGUCUCAUUGUGGGCACGGGCACCAACGCCUGCUACAUGGAGGAGAUGCGCCACAUCGACAUGGUGGAGGGCGACGAGGGGCGCAUGUGCGUCAACAUGGAGUGGGGGGCCUUCGGGGACGAUGGCGAGCUUAAUGACAUCCGCACCGAGUUUGACCAGGAGAUCGACAUGGGCUCGCUGAACCCAGGGAAGCAGCUGUUUGAGAAGAUGAUCAGUGGGAUGUACAUGGGGGAGCUGGUGCGGCUCAUCCUGGUGAAAAUGGCCAGGGAGGAGAUGCUCUUCGGUGGGAAGCUCAGCCCGGAACUGCUCACCACCGGCCGCUUUGAGACCAAGGACAUUUCAGAUAUUGAAGGGGAGAAAGACGGCAUCCGGAAGGCCCGCGAGGUCCUGGUGCGGCUGGGGCUGGACCCGACGCAGGAGGACUGCGUGGCCACUCACCGCAUCUGCCAGGUCGUGUCUACGCGCUCAGCCAGCCUGUGCGCGGCCACCCUGGCCGCCGUGCUGCGGCGCAUCAAGGAGAACAAGGGCGACGAUCGGCUGCGCUCCACCAUCGGGGUCGACGGCUCCGUCUACAAGAAACACCCCCAUUUUGCCAAGUGUCUUCACAAGACUGUGCGGCGGCUGGUGCCUGACUGCGACGUCCGCUUCCUCCGCUCCGAGGACGGCAGCGGCAAGGGCGCAGCCAUGGUGACGGCAGUGGCUUACCGGUUAGCCGACCAGCACCGAGCCCGCCAAAAGACCCUGGAGUCUCUGAAGCUGAGCCGUGAGCAGCUCCUGGAGGUCAAGAAGAGGAUGAAGCUAGAAAUGGAGCGAGGUCUGAGCAAGGAGACGCACGCCAUCGCUCCCGUCAAGAUGCUGCCCACCUAUGUGUGUGCCACCCCUGAUGGCACAGAGAAAGGGGACUUCCUGGCCUUGGACCUUGGAGGAACCAAUUUCCGGGUCCUGCUGGUGCGCGUGCGGAACGGGAAGUGGGGCGGAGUGGAGAUGCACAACAAGAUCUACUCCAUCCCGCAGGAGGUCAUGCAUGGCACUGGGGACGAGCUGUUCGACCACAUCGUCCAGUGCAUCGCAGACUUCCUGGAGUACAUGGGCAUGAAGGGUGUGUCCCUGCCGCUGGGUUUCACCUUCUCCUUUCCCUGCCAGCAGAACAGCCUGGACGAGAGUAUCCUCCUCAAGUGGACAAAAGGCUUCAAGGCAUCUGGCUGCGAGGGCGAGGAUGUGGUCACCCUGCUGAAGGAAGCCAUCCACCGGCGAGAGGAGUUUGACCUGGAUGUGGUUGCUGUGGUGAAUGACACGGUCGGGACUAUGAUGACCUGUGGCUACGAAGACCCUCACUGUGAAGUGGGCCUCAUCGUUGGCACGGGCAGCAACGCCUGCUACAUGGAGGAGAUGCGCAACGUGGAGCUGGUGGAAGGAGAGGAGGGGCGGAUGUGCGUCAACAUGGAGUGGGGGGCCUUUGGGGACAAUGGCUGCCUCGACGAAUUCCGCACGGAGUUUGACGUGGCCGUGGAUGAACUUUCCCUCAACUCUGGCAAGCAGAGGUUCGAGAAGAUGAUCAGUGGAAUGUAUCUGGGCGAGAUUGUCCGGAACAUCCUCAUCGACUUCACCAAGCGUGGGCUGCUCUUUCGAGGCCGCAUCUCAGAGCGGCUCAAGACAAGGGGAAUCUUUGAAACCAAGUUCCUGUCUCAGAUUGAGAGCGACUGCCUGGCCCUGCUGCAGGUCCGAGCCAUCCUGCAGCACCUGGGGCUUGAGAGCACCUGCGACGACAGCAUCAUCGUCAAGGAGGUGUGCACCGUGGUGGCACGGCGAGCAGCCCAGCUCUGUGGCGCAGGCAUGGCUGCCGUGGUGGACAAGAUACGAGAAAAUCGUGGGCUGGACAUGUUCAAAGUGACAGUGGGUGUAGAUGGAACCCUCUACAAGCUCCAUCCUCACUUUGCUAAAGUCAUGCACGAGACAGUGAAGGAGCUGGCUCCAAAAUGUGACGUGUCCUUCGUGGAGUCAGAGGAUGGCAGUGGGAAGGGGGCAGCUCUCAUCACCGCCGUGGCCUGCCGCAUCCGUGAGGCUGGACAGCGAUAGAACCUCGGAAAUCAGAAGGGACUUCCUCUGGCUCCCCCUCCUCCCUGUUUUAAAUUACAAGGUGUCAUCCUCUUGUGUCAGAAACAGAUCCCUUGGCUUUUCCUUGGCAGAGAGGACCUCAUUGGACUUGGUUUUUUCUCUGCCUGCACUCACCAUAGAAUUUGGUGCCCGAACCUUGGCUUUCCAAGAUAAACACAAUU